AUGUAUGGCAUAACGCUGACAAAGUGCAAAAUAUAUUUCAACAAUAUCUACUCGACGGUGUCUCUGGAGGAGAAGCUGGGGGGAGGAACCUACGGAGAUGUAUACAAAGGGAAGGUAAUCAAAUACAAUAACAACAAUAACAACGACCUCUACCAGAAUACGAAUUACCUCCCAUACGACUACUACACGGAUGAGUUUGUCUUCUUUCGGAAAAAUAUUUAUGCGAUCAAAUUUUUCCGUGAUGAUUUGAAAACGAUAAAUGAAGAAGGGAUUAGCUGCACGACAUUGAGAGAACUUAGCUGUUUAAAAAACAUCGGAAGGCAUCCAAACAUUUUACGACUCAUAGACGUCACAAUAGACAGACAAAAAUGCAUUAGCGAAUACAUCAACCGUCAGAUAUUACAACACCAUGCGUCCAACUUUCAGCACUCAAAAAAACUGGAUAUGACCCCCCUGUCAGCAGACCAGAAAUUUAUUUUCGCUGCGUAUGAGUACUGUGACGCUGGAGAUUUAAAGAGGCUCAUUCAGAAGACGAAGAUCACGGAUGACCAGGCGGGCCUCAGCUUGAAAGAAGCCAAGUGGUUAUCCUUCCAACUGUUAAAUGGACUUGCUUACCUACACAACAAUAAAAUGUGCCACAGGGAUUUGAAACCUGAAAAUGUGAUGCUACAACAGACACCCAAUCGUAAGUUUUUACUUAAAAUUGGUGACUUAGGUUUGUGCAGGGAGCUGAAAAAUGACGGAGACAUGACUCCCACUGUGUGUACUAUUUAUUACCGUCCUUUGGAGGUGCUCCUCUCCAAAUUUGAAAUGGCCAAGGGAAAAAAGGGGCGCACCAAGGGUAAAGGAAAGGUCAAACCGCCAGCGAAUGAAUUAUCCACAUCUGCCAAUCCGCCCCAUGCGAAUCACGCCAAUGUAAGUGCGCCCCCGACCAAGGGUAUCGACAGCAUCGGCAACAGCAGAACCCACACAGCAAGCGCUGGGUGCACGACCGACAGGGGUAGCGGAAAUGGAAACAAAAAUAUCCAAUGCAAUGCCAACCAGAACAAUAGAAACAAGAACAAGCAGCAAGUAAAAGCGAUGCAACGCGAAAAAGCAGCUGAGCGAAAACGGGAAAGGGCACGCCUCCGAGGAAUAGAAGAAGACGACUACUACAACAAUAAGGACUUCCAAUACGGACUGAACGUGGAUAUCUGGUCAGCAGCCUGCAUCAUCUGCGAACUAAUUAUAGGAAGGCCCCUCUUCAGAGGCGUAACAGAAUUUGAUCUCAUCAUAAGAAUUGUGAACUCCCUAGGCAAACCAAACAAUGAUGAGUUGGAAUUUUUUAGUGAUUCCAGGUUUUAUCCCCUCAAGGAAGACUUUUUCAAUGUGAAUAUAAAGAACAAAAAGGACGCCCUCAACGUAAUAACAAACGGAAGGAUAGACGAACUGGGGAUAGAUCUCCUCGUGAAAAUGUUAAAGUACAACCCAAAUGAUAGAAUCACAGCAGCAGAUGCUUUGUCACACCCAUGGUUUUCAGACAUACGUUUUGAUAACCUAGACGGAAUCGGAGUAUAUAACUGGUAUGUGCACUGCUUAAAGUACUAUAUAGGAAUAAAAACUUUCAGAGAAAUUGAACAGAAGAAAAAGAAUCUUCUAACCACCACGAUGAUCUCUCACUUUUUAUGCAAAUCCAAUGAUAGACAUGGAAAGAUCAUUUUUAAGCUUAUAAAUGAUACCUUUAAAAAUUUGGGGGGGUAUAAAAAAAGUGGCAGAAGAUCCUUUGCCAUUUUUUCUGACCAGUAUGCAAAAGAUGAUAAGAACGCCAAUGGGUUUAUUAAACGAGCUAGUAUUAAGGUGUUGAAUGACAUGAAGGAAAAGAAUGUUAUCGAGACAAAGGAAGAAAUGUCCUUCUACGAUGACAGCACAAACUAUGUGACUCCGACUUCUACAUCUUCUAAGAGAAGGAAAUUCAACCGAUCCAGUUACCACGCUGUGAACCCGGAGACAUCUUACGAGUUGGCUACAUCCAUGCGUGUGAAGAGGAAUCUUUCCAUACCGGACUUCUCCUCCCCUGAUAGGAAGAAACAGCGACGCAAGGACCACUUCAAGUCCGCCACCACCACCAACCGGGCCGCCCCGCAUCAGCUACCCACCUUUCAUGGAUUCACUUGA